CUGUGCUCUGAAAAGACAAAAAUGUCUAAUUCAGAGUUUGUAUACAGGAUUUUAAAUAUUCCAAACAUUGCAAAGAAACGAUUCUAAGUAAUCGACGUUCGUAUUAAAAUAUUUCUAAAUAACGUUCUAGUCAUGAACACUCCAGUUCAAAUACCCCUGAAUCUCCUAGCAGUGAUUUACAUCUUGUGUAUUCAACCUCUCAGUAUCAAUUCUCGAACUUCUACCUUGUGGAGAUUGAACGCCGAUAAAACAAAAAUAAUCGGAGACAGCGGAACAGAGGAAAUUGUCCACAGCAAGCUGCUUCCACAUAUAGAUUCUCUGUUCACUAUCAUAACCUCAACAGAACAUAAUGGUAUUUCAUGGGUGAAGCAGGAGACAAACUAUUGCCCCAAAUACCAUAGUAAUAAACAAGGAAAAAAUAAUACUAAUGCAAAUUUGAUAUUGUAUCAAAAUAAAGCAGAAGAAUUGUCUAAGAAUGAUUUGUAUUGUGGGAAGCCAGUUAAUUUCACCUUUUAUGACAACUUAGUUGGCGUUAUAAAUCGAGUUAAACAUCCUUCUGUGGUAGAACCUGGUGCAAUUUUUGAAUUUGUUAAAAAGUUUAAGUUCAAGAAUAUUAAAUCUUUUGACUUGGGCAUGCUGGAAAAAAGACUGAAACAAAUUAAAAAGGAGAAACCAAAGUCAGUACAACUUUACAUUUAUUUUGGUAACUAUUGGCGUAUUAAGGGAGAGCCAUGCCAGGCUAUCGAGUGCUUCCGGAAAGGAUUAGCAAUUUCUCCACACAAUCCUGAAAUUUUGCUCAAUUUGGCAAAAGUGCUUUUUCAUUUACAGUAUUUGGAUGAUGCCAUAUACUUAACCAGGCGCUCUUUAGAAGUUUCUCCCCUCGAAAAAUCUGCUUGGGAACAAUACUUCACACUAGGUGAAAUUUUUAAGGCCUAUGGCCACUAUCAAGAGGCUAUAAUACAUUUAAGACACACUUUGGAUCUUAAUCCUGGUUUUGAACCCGCUCAGAAAUUGCUUAAAGAGAUGGAGAAUAUGCCUGCCACACCUAUCCAUGUCUAUACUUUGGUUAUAAUAAUUUGUUUAGUCUUGGGGGUAUUAUUAGUAAUUGUCUCCUCUUUAGACAACUUAUCAAGCUGUAAUGAAGAAAUGUCUAAAGAAAAACAUUUUAACAAAGCCAUGGCCAUGAGGUCAUUGAGAGGCUUUGCUUGGAGUUCCAAGCGUUCAAAAAAAUCUAUGUAGCAAAAACGCUGUUGCUUUGGAUAGAUAGCAAUAAGAAUUGAAGUGUCCAGUACUUACUACUCAGAGCUAGAAUAUUUUAUUUUAUACCAGUAUGAUUUGCUCAUUUAUUUUGUUCCUUUUAUUUAUUAAAGUUGCAUCAAAGCA